CUUCCACCGCCCAAAUCGAACGCGACCUCUCACACUCCAACCAACUUUGAAAAUGCGCGUCGUUCUUGUUUCUGGUGGUGUCAUUUCCGGCAUCGGAAAGGGUAUCAUCGCCUCUUCUGCUGGUCUCUUGCUCAAGACUGCCGGUCUGAAGGUUACCGCCAUCAAGAUCGAUCCUUACCUCAAUGUCGACGCUGGAACUCUAGGCCCUCUCGAACACGGCGAAUGCUUCGUUCUUGCUGAUGGUGGCGAGUCUGACUUGGAUCUGGGCAACUACGAGCGAUACCUCGGAAUCCAACUGACCCGCGAUAACAACAUCACAACUGGAAAGAUCUACCAGUCCGUGAUUGAGCGCGAACGCCGUGGCGAUUACCUCGGAAAAACCGUUCAGGUAGUGCCUCACAUCACCGAUGCCAUCCAAGAAUGGAUCACCCGAGUUGCCAAGAUCCCUGUCGAUAACUCUGGCCAGGAGCCUGAUGUUUGCAUUAUUGAACUGGGUGGAACUGUUGGUGAUAUCGAGUCUGCCCCUUUCGUCGAGGCUCUCGUUCAGCUCCGACACAGACUUGCUCGCGAGCCCGACUCUUCGUUCUUCAACAUUCACGUUUCAUACGUUCCUUUGAUCAACGGAGAAGAAAAGACUAAGCCUACUCAACAUGCCAUUAAACAGAUGCGUAGUGUUGGUAUGGUGCCUGACUUGAUUGCCUGCCGAUGUGACAACUCGCUCGCUGAUAGCACUGUUAGAAAGAUUGCUUCCAGCUGCCAAGUUGACUACGAUCAGGUUAUCUGUGUCCAUGACAUGGAAACCAUCUACCAGGUUCCUAUGCUCCUUCAUGAGCAAGGCCUUCUCGACCUACUCCGCCGCGGCAUCGAGCUCGACCGCGUAUCCAUCUCUGACGACCUCGCAACAAAGGGCAACACCCUCUGGAACCAAUGGAAGAAGACUGUCAACCUUCCUAAGGAGCACGGUGCUGUGGAGAUUGCCCUUGUUGGAAAAUACACAAACUUCAUGGACUCUUAUCUGUCAGUUCAGAAGGCUCUGGAACACGCGGCUAUGCACUGCGACCGCAAGCUGAAGUUGAUCGCUGUUGACUCGGAACAUCUUGAGCCCAAGGCUCAGGCCGCCGAACCCGAGAAAUUCGACGCUGCAUGGGCUGCUGUUAAGAAAGCUCAGGGUAUCAUCAUCCCUGGUGGCUUUGGUUCCCGAGGCACUGAGGGUAUGGUUAUCUGCGCGAACUGGGCUCGUGAGAACCAGAAACCCUUCCUUGGUAUCUGCCUGGGCAUGCAGGUUGCAACCAUUGAAGUUGCUCGCAAUCUCUGCAGCAUUGGCAACGCAACUUCCGAAGAAUUCGAUGAGAAGGCAAACGGAACUCAGCCCAACCACGCCAUUGUAUUCAUGCCCGAGGGCUCUAAGGAGCAGCUUGGUGGUACCAUGAGACUGGGCAGCCGUGCUACGCUGUUCCAAGCCGGUAGCGAAUGGAGCAAACUACGUGCUUUGUAUGGUGGAGCUGCCGAAGUGCAUGAGCGCCACAGACACCGUUAUGAAGUCAACCCUGACCUCAUUGGCGAGUUUGAGAAGGCUGGCAUGUCUUUCAUUGGCAAGGAUGAGACUGGCCAACGCAUGGAAGCUUUCGAGCUCCGUGGCCACCCGUACUAUGUUGGCCUGCAAGCCCACCCUGAGUUCACGAGUAAGGUUACUCAGUGCUCGCCCCCUUUUUUGGGCCUCAUCGCGUCCAGCGUUGGCAUCCUUGAUGAAGUCAUCAAGGAGGCUCAGGAAAACAAGGAGCAGAUCAACGGAGUUGGCAAGCCUGCCGAUUUCUAAAGUGGAUGGGGUUCAUCUAAAGAGAUUAUAUGAUUUUGCAAUCUAGAUAUGGAAUACCAUGCGGAACGUAGACAAAAUGGUUGGGAGUUUAUGAAACAUGCACUUGAGGACUUUAAAAAAUACACCAAACAAGGGAUUUGGGGGGCGUUCAUCACAAAUUUUCUGGAUACUUCAAUGAUUAAGCAUUUACAUCAAUACAAAGACGCGCAUCGCACCACUAACGCACACGCUCUUGCCUCGUCGUACAUGGAAGUUUGGCUAGGGAGCCCACUCUGCGGGCUAUGAAACUGCAACAGACGACUGUGACAUUAUCUAGCCAGUCUCAAACU